CGGCUGCGCCGCUAGGGGCGGGGAGAAUCUCCGGGAGGCGGAGCCGCGCGCCUUUUGGGGGGGGGGCGGCUGUUACGUCACUUCCGCCGCCCUGCCCUCGGCUAGAGGAGAUGGCGGCCGCCGUGCGUAGCCGGUGGUUCCGGUGCUGCUCCGCCCUGCUUAGACAAAGUUUUCCUGUUCUGGCUAGUGCUAGGAGACGCUGUUUCUCAGGACUGAGUGGCCCAUGGAAUAAAAUGGUGGGAGUGGGUUUUGGAGUAGCCCUGUGUGCAGUCCCUAUUGUACAGAAACACGAGCCCACUUCUCUCAGUCAUGAAGCCUUGAUUAGAAGGGCAGUUUCUCUGGUAACGGACAGUACUUGUACUCUUCUCUCUCAAACAACAUAUGCAUUAAUUGAAUCAUUAACAGAGUAUACAAAGGCAGUUUACACACUGGUGUCUCUCUACCGGCAAUAUACAAAUCUUCUUGAAAAAAUGAAUUCCAAAGAGGUGGAUGCAGUAUGGCAAGUGAUCAUAGGAGCAAGAGUUGAGAUGACUACAAAGCAGCAAGAAUUCCUGAAGUUAGAAUCCAGUUGGAUGACUGCUUUACAUCUUUCAGAGAUGGCAGCAGAAGCUGCAUAUCAAUCAGGUGCAGAUCAAGCUUCAGUGACAGCUCGCAACCAUAUUCAGCUGGUGAAAACACAGGUGCAAGAUGUACGACAGCUAUCACAGAAAGCAGAGAUCAAAUUAGCUGAAGCUCAGACAGAAGAGCUCAUUAACACAAAAGUUGAGGAAUCAUCACAGCCCUGUAGAAUCCCUAAAACCACAGAGGAAGUUGAUGAGUCUUAUCUUCGUGAAGACUGAAAAAAACCAAAAACCUUCUAAAUACCACCUUUGGAAUAUUUGAUAGCAUACCACUAAUUCCAGGGCCCUGAGUUUCCCACAUCAUUAAGAAAAUAGAUGUUGGAUAAAGAAAAGUCAUUGAAGACAGGCAUGCUAUCUGUUGAUAAUUGGUGGCAGUGGGAAAUAAUUUUCUCCCCCACAAAUUUGCUAUACCUAACCACCAGCCAGAUUCAGGUGUUUGAAACUUCUUUAUUUUUUAAGUUACCAUUAUUAUAAUAUGCAUUGCUAGUACAUUUUUAUUUAAGUGUACCACUAUGCAAAUGUGAAAUUAGCUGUUAAAAAUACUUUGUUGAUGAGUGUUUGGGUCUGCUGCUAUGAGGGUCUAAUUCAGAUGAUUUAAUACUAAACCUUUGGAAAUUCCCACUGUCUAAAACUAAUUGUAGAUUGCAACCAAAGAGGGACAUUAAAAAUAAUUAUUUCUAGUCUGUGAAGCAAGUAAAUCUUGGUAUUAUAUCUCCCAUUGAACAAUAGAAUUACAUGUCAUUAUCAGAAAGUCAGUUUGGUUAACAAUGUUGACUUUUUGGUGCUGUUUUCUAAUUAUUUUGACUGACAAUUCAUAAUGGAAAUCUCAGUUUAACAAAACGCAAACUACUGCACUUAAUUGUAUCAAAAGAUGACAAUUGAUAGAAUUGCUACAAAUCUUGGGAAUCUGUAGGAUCUACACUCAGUGAUUACUGUAGUAUAGAGUAUGGCAGUUGUAUAUAUGCAGACUUGCUUGUAAUCUAGUAGGAACAUAACCAGCAAGAUGCAAUACAGCUGGUUUUCCCUGGUAGCGAAGGAAGGAUUUUGUUGCUGUGCCACAUUUAAAAAACAGUGUUUGUGUCAAUAGGGAACAUAGUGUUGCAAAGGCAGACACCACAAAUAGUGGCAAAUGUUAUUUGACCAUAGAACACAGUGCUCCGAAUGUGAAUUUUCAAGCAGCAUAGCUGCAGUCUGCCCCAAAUUGCAAAAAAAAAAUAAAAUAAAAUUUAGAUUCCUCCUUGAUUGUCAAACGACAGUGUUUCACUGCAGGCUGCAUUUUCAAGCCAGAUUUCAACAGUUCAUGAGUAUCUCAUUUUUCCCUUUAAGCAAUUUGUUAAUUUCCCCAAAUUCAUGUGUUUUACAGUCUGCACUGUAGAAUAGUGGCUGCUCGAUUUUUUGAAGAACUCCCUUUAAUAUUUGUGUAAUGUUGAAUUACAAGACGAAUGAGUAUUGGUAGUAGAUAUCAAGCCAAUAGGUAUGGUUUAGGGAAACAGACUUCUGUGUAUUAGUAAUAGUUAAAAGUGCCAUUUUCUACAGGACCCCAGUCUGUGUGAAAGUUCCCUCCCCAAAUUUCUUGCUAUUCUUGUGUUAGAUUAUAGGUUUUGGGUGGUACCUACACUUGUUUUGGCAUUUAUAACUAGCAGUGUGUGUUUGGAAGUCUUCCAGCCCAAUACCACCCUUCCCUGGGAAUAUCUUUCUGGACUUAAUUUCCGUUUUACCUUUUUAACAAGGGGAUCGGAUCCCUGUAGCACUGUGUGACUGCAGCUUAUGGAGAGUUUUAAACUCUGGUUAGAUUACUCUGCACUCUUUUCUUAUGUAGUUUAAUCCUCUGUCAUUUUAAUUCUCCUGCAUUAGUAAGAAAUAAAAUAUUUCCUG